AAAUAAAAGAUCAAAACCCUGAUUCAAUUAAAUCCAUGCAAUUAAUUUUCGGUUAUUGUAAUUUUAAAGAUCUUUCUUAAAUUACACAGAUUUAAUAUAUUUUUAAAUGAAACAGACAGAUUUGUAGACUUUUUAGGAUUCGUUUUGUUCCUGUUGAAGUGCGAAUUCAUGAUAAAGUAAAAAAUAUGUAUCAACCUAACAAAUUAUUUAAAUUACUUAGUAAAGUUUAAAAACAAAAAAUGUUUACAAUAAAAAGAGCGAUACUUAUUCUUAUUUUACAAUUUACUACUAUACAAAUGUACAGACAUUAUAAACCAUUGGCUGCGAAGAUAUGGAGCGAGCGAUGUCAGAAAAAUUCAAUGGUAUUGAAUGAUUGUAACUGGUGUCGAUGCAACGCCAGACAGGAGUAUGACUGCAAAGCUAGAGUUUGCGAAGAAAUCGAUAUGUUCGGACAUUUUAAAGAUGCCAUCCAAGAAAUAGACGUAGGCAUGGAAGGGCAUGGAUCAUGGCGAUCCAGACCUCUAGCGUGCAAUCCAGGAGUACACUACCGGCGAGGAGCCGUACUGUGCGUUUGCGAUGAAGAUGGCAACUGGCCUAAUCCAGUCUGCAGAGACCUCUUCCAGAUCCUCCACUCUGUUGAACUGACAGGACAAACUCGACUUUCAAAAAACGACUCUUGCUCUCCUACUAAAUUGUACUUAGUCGGUUGCAAUGUCUGCUUUUGUCCUUCAUCCGGUUAUUUGGACCCACAAAUGUGUACUAAUAAGGAAUGCCAAGAAGACGAUCCAGUUAUAGAAGCACCUGUGACGAAUACCACUGCAAAUAAUAAUAACGACACUGAAGAAAAUAUGGAAAUUUACGCAAUGUGUAAUCCCAAAUUUGAAUACGAAAUUGGUUGCAGAAAUUGUGUCUGUCUUACGAAUAACAGACUGCUUUGUGGAAAUUGCUCAAUUGCAACAGAUCAAUAUCCAGUUUCUUUAAGCGAGCGUUCGAAAAAAAUAACUGCUAAUAAAAAUGAACCUGGUGGAUCCAGUAAAUCUGGCAAACUUAACGAAUUUAUCAAACCUAAAAAAUCUGGCAAACCUAAUAAAUCUGGGAAACCCAAAAAACCAAACAGUAUCUGCCGUGGAAAAAAACCAUUCAUUAUUUUUAAAGUUGGCUGCAACCUGUGUCACUGCGGCAGGCAAUUGAAAAUGUUUUGCACUGUUAAAAAAUGUGUCGAUAAAAGUAAAAAACUCCAAUCUUCGUUUGACAUAGACAAUAUAGAAUGGAGUCGAACAGAUUAUAAAGAAGUAGCAGAACCACCAGAUGAUGAAAGCUGUUUACCUGGCACUAUAUUUAAAAGGGAUUGCAAUUAUUGUCAAUGCAGCAAAGUUGUAAACGGUAUGAAACAGUUCGUUUGCACUCUCAAAUUUUGUAGAGGGGAGAGUGCUAUUAAAAAAUUGGAACCCAGGAAAGUAAUUGAAAGACAAAAAAAUAAUUGCGUUCUAGGAACCUUCUAUCAGGAGUUCUGUAAGUUAUGUUAUUGCUUCAUCAAAGAUAAAAUAAAAUAUCAAAUAUGUCGAUUACAUGUAAAAUGUGUAAGAGAUGGUGGUGAUGAUUUAAAGCGUAUAACACUGCAAGGUAAUAUUUUCGAAGACGUGAAAGCAUUGAACGGCUUUUGUGAACCAAUGCGUAGAUAUAAGAAUGAUUGUAACGUUUGUCGAUGUUUAGCCGAUGGGAAGACUGUGGAAUGUACUUCUAAGAUUUGUGCAUUAAGAUCGGAUGAUCUCUUAGUUGAUAUCGUGCCAGUGGUUAUAAAAAAUGGUGAGGUUUGUCCUAAAGGGCAUUCUUAUAAGUUAGAUUGUAAUCUCUGCUUCUGUUUAUCGAACGGCAAUGCAAUUUGUACAACUGCCGACUGUUCUAAGCAAAAUAAAGUUAUUAUGUAAAUAUUUUUGGAAUUUCACUACAAAACGUCAUACUGAUAAUUCAAACAUGAAGUUAGAAUAUUUGCCUGCCUUUUAAUACCUUUUGUUAAUCUAUGAAAUUGAACGUGGAUAAUAUUGAACGACAUUAAAAACCCAAGUAGAAACAGAACAACUUGGAGAAAUAUGGUUAUGAGAGCCGACCCUAACACACACGGGAAAAAGCUAGGUCUAUGUUAAUAUGUUAUUCAAUAAAACUACAAAAUUAAUAAUUAUUCACAAUACUUUAUUCAAAGGACAUAAUAACAAUAGUCGUCUUUUACGUUUCAGUUAAAUUAAUAACUUAAAAAAAACUAUAAGUAACUUAAAAUUAAACAGAAAUUUAAUACAAAUAAAUACAUAAUUAUAUCUAUAGAAAUCAGUUGUGCUUUAUUGUGCAAAAAUAGUUAUAAGUAUUUUUUGUAAGCACAGAACUUUGGUUAAUAUUUCAUUUUGUUUAAAAAGAAAAGGGAUUGAGUAUGGAAAUUAAUAUACCUAAGGCCGAUUUACUCGAAGUGUCCACUAGCAAUAAAAUAUGUAAAAAUCAACUCUGGCAAGUCACUUGCACUUUCAGCUAGAAAAUUUCUGCAAGUUUUUCAUUAAAAACUUGCGCAAUUUCAUUUUUGCAAGUUUAUCGCUUAAAGGACACUUAAUAUAAUAAGGAAGUAUCGAGAAAGUUACAAACAUUCGUUUGAUUAAAAAAAUUAUACGGUCAUAAAUGAAAUUAGUUAAAUAGGUACCAUUAAAAAUUGAACCUUAAAAGUUUUGUGGGCGAUUUUUUAGCAUCAAGCAACCGCUUGUGGCUCGCUAAAUACUUUACAAAACUAAAAAAAUAACAAGAACUUUCAGUCCUCUUUGUAUAAGUAACUAAAAUUAACAAUCUUUGUGCUUAAGCUAUCAACAAAUUGGAUUACU